GCCGGAGCUGUCCCCGGGACUUAGUGCUGAAGUAGGCGCUGACGAAGCAGGCGCCUGGUGCGGUGACCAGAGAAGACCAUGGCGUUCAUGGUGAAGUCCAUGGUGGGUGGCCAGCUGAAGAACCUCACCGGGAGCCUGGGGGGCGGCGAGGACAAGGGGGACGGAGACAAGUCUGCAGCCGAAGCACAGGGCAUGAGCCGGGAAGAGUAUGAGGAGUAUCAGAAGCAACUGGUGGAGGAAAAGAUGGAGCGAGAUGCACAGUUCACGCAGAGGAAGGCAGAACGGGCCACACUACGGAGUCACUUCAGAGACAAAUACCGUCUGCCCAAGAACGAGACAGAUGAAAGCCAGAUCCAGCUGGCAGGUGGAGACGUGGAGCUGCCUCGGGAGCUAGCCAAGAUGAUCGAGGAGGACACAGAGGAAGAGGAGGAUAAGGCCUCUGUGCUGGGGCAGCUGGCCAGCCUCCCUGGCUUGGACCUCAGCUCACUCAAGGACAAGGCCCAGACUACAUUAGGGGACCUCAAGCAAUCAGCUGAGAAGUGCCACAUCAUGUGACCGCUUCCCCUGGGGUUGUCUCUGGGAUGGCCAGAGGGCUGUCCCACAUGAGGGCUAAGAGAGUGUCUCAACUUCCAGAUACCUCCACUCCAUCUUGGGCUCCCCACCCCCCCCCACCCACCCACCCCCGGCCUAGCCCCAGAGCCUUCUCAUCCAGGUCCAGCCCAGGCUCUGACUCUCCCUCUUUAUUGCCAGAAAAGUUUCCAUUCUUCCCUCUCUCCUCUGCCUGGAAAGUUUCCCACGUUGAUAGGAUUAGCCAACCCUCUCUGGGUACAGCCCUGUUCUUUCACACAAGAACACUCACAGAAGGACACAGAAGCCCCGGCUCAUUGGCCACAGAUGCAUCCUGGCACACAUAGACACACACAUACCCCUUGGGUUCCCAGCCCCUCCAGAUACUAACACUUGGAUGCUCAGAGGGACUCUGGGCACACAGGAGGCCUGUUCCUACCCCAUCUUUAUCCUCCUAGAAGCUGUUCCUUCUGGCUUUCAUCUUGUCAUCUGUAAAAUGGGGCUGGACUGAGUGAUUUCUAAAAUUCUCUCCUGAUUGGCAUCCCUGGCCCCUCAGAGCAGAGCUCACAUCCCUCCUUGGGCAGGGCAGCAGCUGCAGCCACAGCACCACACAGCUGCCACUGUGGGCUCCGGGAACCGAGCAAUGCUAUGUGAGGGGCGGAGUGCCAAGGAGGGAGCUGGCACUGAACAGGAGCUCAAGCAGCUCCAGACCUUCUCUGGGCCCGGGGCCCAGCCAAAUUUUGUUCUGUUCCUGUAGAAUUCUCUGGAUUCCAUAGUUGGAAUUUCCCCUUCUCGUUCAGUGGAAAAUAAAAAUUCCAAAUGGCAUGAUUA